AUGUCCAGAGACCCUGCGUUCAAGUACGUUGAGGCCCAGGAUAGCACGCCUAUGCCGAGCGAUGUGCCGGAGGUAGCUGAGGUUGGCGCGACCUCGGCACCCCUGAUGUCGGCGUCAUACUUUAUCGGGGCCCGCUGCCUGCCCUACAAUGACGAUUUCAUGCUGUGCAAAAAGGAGUCCCAGAACGGGCCCGUUGACUGUCUGAAAGAGGGCCGCCGGGUCACCCGCUGUGCCAUUUCUGUUCUGGAGGACAUCAACCGCUCCUGUCUCGACGAAUUCCGCCGUCACUGGCAGUGUCUGGAGCAGAACAACCAACAACUCUAUGCAUGCCGACCCGCAGAGCGUCUGCUCAACGCCUGUGUGUUUGAGAAGCUCAACCUCGAAAAACGCAUCCCUCAGGUCGACGCCUCUGAGCAGGUCCAUCUCAAGAAAUCGCCUCACCUCCGCCCCGCCUUUGAAGACCGCGCCUCUGUAAAUGCCGAGAAGGCGAAAGCAUGA